CAUAUCUUAGAUGUUUGAAUUAUUCCAAUUUAGAGUAUAAAAAUCCAAUAUAUACCAAAAAUACUCUUCCAUUGAUGGUAUCAAAACAUGGUUUGUAUAGUACUACUAGUCUGCUUUCUUCUUACAACACCAAGCUAUGGGAAUGUUCAAGAAUUUGCUACAUGCAUGGCUCUUCACUCUACUUCAACCUAUUCUAGUGUUGUUCACUCCCAAGAAUCUCCAUCAUAUGCAUAUCUUCUACAAGAAUCUCAACAAAAUCCAAGAUGGUUAAAUUCAACAUCACUACUUAAGCCAUCAUUUAUAGUGACACCAAAGACACAAAAUGAGAUCCAAGGGGCAAUUCUUUGUGCCAAGAAGCAUAGUUUACAAGUUAGAGUAAUGAGUGGAGGUCAUGAUUAUGAAGGCCUAUCUUUUCUAUGCAAAACCCCUUUUAUAAUCCUUGAUUUAAUCGAUUAUCGAUCGAUUAACAUAAACUUGGAAGAUGAAACUGCUUGGAUUCAGAGUGGUGCAACCAUUGGAGAAGUUUACUAUAACAUAGCCAAGAAAAGUGACAUUCUUGGAUUUCCAGCUGGCCUAUGUCCAAGUGUUGGUGUUGGUGGACACUUCAGUGGAGGUGGCAUUGGCACCAUGAUGAGAAAAUAUGGCCUGUCUGCUGAUAACAUUAUAGAUGCUAAUUUGGUUGAUGCAAAUGGUAGAAUUCUAAACAGAGAAACAAUGGGAGAAGAUGUAUUUUGGGCAAUUAGAGGAGGUGGAGGAGCUAGUUUUGGAGUAAUAUCAGCCUGGAAAGUGAGACUGGUUCGCGUUCCGCCCCUUGUCACAGUAUUCACAAUUCACAAGAUGUUAGAUCAAGAAGGUGUCAAACUUGUACAUAAAUGGCAAUACAUAGCCAGUAAACUACCCGAGAAUCUCUUCAUUCGCGUACUUAUUCAACAAAUCGAUGGAGUUGAUAGCCAUGGAAAUGUGAAAGUCUUGUUCAAUUCGCUCUUCCUAGGACUAAAAACAGACGUGUUUUCCAUCAUGAACACGAACUUCCCUGAAUUAGGCUUGAAAAUGGAAGAUUGCGCGGAGAUGAGCUGGAUAAGAUCCGUCCUCUACUUCACGGGGUACCAAAAAGGGGAGCCAUUAGAAAUCCUAUUGGAUAGAACAACACAAUAUAAGAGCAACCUCAAGGCAAAAUCAGAUUUCGUCAUUGAACCAAUGCCAGAAAGUGUUUUCCAGGGGAUUUCCGAGAGGUUUUCGCAACAGAAAAUGGCUUUCAUGAUAAUGGAUCCACUAGGAGGGAGAAUGGAUGAAAUUCUUGAAUCUGAAAUACCAUUUCCUCAUAGGAAAGGGAACAUAUACAACAUACAAUACAUAGUUAAAUGGGGUUCAAAUGAGGGAUCCAAACUGCAUUUGGACUGGAUCCAAAGUCUUUACAAGUACAUGGAACCAUAUGUGUCCAAUUCACCAAGAUCUGCUUAUCUCAACUAUAGGGAUCUUGAUUUGGGAAUCAAUCAGCAGGGAAAUUACUUGAGUUAUCGACAAGCUAUAACUUGGGGUACCAAGUAUUUUAAAGGUAAUUUUCAAAGAUUGGAAAGAGCAAAACAUCAGAUUGAUCCAAGCAACUUUUUCACAAAUGAACAAAGUAUUCCUCCUCUUUCUUAUUAGUUAAAAAAUAUGUGACUUCACAAGUUUCCCUAUAGUUAGUAGUUUUGCAAUUUAUCUUUCAGCUUAAAAAGACAAAUGAAACAUAAAUGC